AUGGAGGCCCUGGCGGCCGCUGGCAGCGCCCUUCUUGGAGAUCGUGCGGCCGUAGAGCAAGCGCAGCAGCACAGGCAUCAGGUCAGCACGGUGCUCCGGCAAGAUGCCAUUGGCGCUGUUCUCAUCGUUGUCGAGCUGCUCCUUGUACUUGACAACGCUGUCCUGGCGCCAAGCGAGAAGGGCUUUGAGGGCAAGACGCUGGAUUUCAAUAUCGCCGUUGGCCAGCAGCUUGAGAAGAGCAUCGUAGGCCUUUUCGUGCUGGUAGAGCACCUGGGAGUUGCUGCCGAGUUCGCUAUUGGCGGCCUCGGCGUCAACAUCGGCAUGCACGUCGUCGGCAUCGUCCAUCUCUUCGUCGUUUGUGCCGUUUUGUUGGUUCUCUUCCUCAGAGACGGCAUCAUCCUCAGCAUUGCCGUCCUCUUCCUCUUCGUGGUCGUCUUCCGUGGUCGCGUCGAUGCGAGGGCCCACGUCCUCGGUCCAAGACAAGAGGUGUGGCACCAGCUUGCGGGACCGCUUCUCGGCCACACCUGGCAAUGCGGCAAGGACCUUGAGGGCCUUGCCGCGCUCAUAGCCUGCAUAGGCUGGGACAGCCUCCUGCUUGGCCUGGAACGCCUGAAGCAUAACAGCCGAGGGGUCCGCGACGACCGUCUCGGUCUGCUGCGCCAAGUCAUUGAGCUUUUCCAGCUUGAAGCACUCAAAGUCGGUAGGCGGGGCGCGCGGCGCAGUGCCCUUUCGGGUACCAUGGUUGUCGUGGGUGCUGCUGCUGCUCUCGGCCUGGCCGUUCCAGUCAAAGGCGAGCGUAGCAAUGGCCUCCUCGCCGGCCUUGUUGGUCUCGGCGACCUGCUUCAUGGCUUUGACGGCGUCGUCCCAGACUGGCGCAAGGGGCACAGACAGCAUGCCAAAGAGGAAGGCAGGGAUGGCAGCUUGGAUCCAGGAGCCGGGCGUGACGUGGGCGUAGACCUGGGCCAGUUUGCGCAGGUGGGCGGCGAUGUUGCGGACGUUGUGCGGAGCGAAUCCAACGUCCUCGGUGGCCAAGUCGGUCGCGGUGUUGCUGUCACCAAUGCGCUCAAGGAUCUUAAGCGAGACCAGGCGCAGCGCGGCCUCAAGGAAGCCUGUCCGACGGGCAAAGCGCGGCGCAGCCGCCCGCAACAAUGGCCGCAGACCGGCAUCCGGCUUUCCAGCCAAGGUCUUGGCCAUGCGCAGGCAGUGGUCGCGCCACGUGGCCGGGUCCUUGCCAUAAACACCACGCUCGGGGAACGGCGUGGCCUCGAGCUGCUCAAACUUGCGCACAAUGCUGUCCUGCCACGACUGGGGCAGACGCAGGCGCUCGCGGUCGACGGGGAAGGCACCGACGUUGACCAUAUCGGCCAAGACGGCGCAGAGGACGUCCUCGUUGCCGUCAUGCGCCCACGCCAGGCGGGCGAUGCUGACUCGUCAGCAGUCAGCGGCGUAGACGGCGGCCAUUGCGAUUCGGGUGCUACAGCCAUGGCCUCGAGCGUCUCGGCCAGAGCAGGAACGAGGGCUGUCCAGUCGUGGAUCUUGGCGCCACCACGCACACCGGCAAGAAUCCCAAAUAGGCGAAUGAAGAUGGACAGUCUCCAUGGGCCCGCAGCAGCAACAACUGUCGCCUUUUUCGACUUUGCUGCUGCCUCGACCUUUUUUGUUUCCGACGCUGCAUCGGCCAAGAUGGCGUCAACCACGGGCCGCAGGGCAUCGUGGUUUGCAUGGUGGAUGAUGCUGGUGAGAACACCACAGCACACAUCGCUCCAGGGCGUGCCACGGGCCGCCUGCUGCGGAUCCAGCUCGUUCUCGGGGACGGCACGAAUCAUGCCGACGAACAAUUCGGCCGAAGACAGCCGCAGUGUCAUACUAGUGUUGACCUUCUUGUUGCUGUGUUUGGUCUGGCUGGCGGCGGCCUCGGUCGCGCGCAGCAAGUCGUCGCGGAUGUGGUUGACGAUAAACGGCAUUGCCGAGUCACGUCGCGACGGGUUCGCCGUCAUGCGGACAAGGAAACUGAGGGCCUCGGCCGUGAACCGUGCAAUGUGCCCGGGCACUCGUGGUAAGGAUGGAGCCGGCGUAGAAGCGGCUUCGGAAGGAGUAGACGAGGAGGUCAUUAUUGUGCCGUGCCACGUCGACCAGCAGAGCAAAGGCGCGAGCAUCGUAGCCGCGAGCGACAAAGCGGCUGCCCAGGUCGUGCGCGAACGCGGCCAGCAGGUCGAGGAGGGGCUCCAGAGCCUCGCGGCCGUCGUCCUGGCCUUGGCUUCCACGAAUGGCCGCCGCGAGGUGGUCCAUGAUGCGGUCCUCAAAGUGCAGAAUCUGGGCGAGGCUAUCGCAGAGGGGCGACACCGCGCGGCGGAAGGCCGUGAAGCCGCGCGAGAGGUUGAGGUCGGUCCAUCGCUCGAGGCCGUUGCGGAAGUAGGAGGUGGUCGCGGACAGGUCGCCAGCGGCGUCGGCGUCGAGGUCAUGGCGGCGGACCUUGUGGAGCGGAUCGAGAGAAUGCAGCUGAGCAAUUUUGCUGCUGAAGGACUCCCAGCGAUGGUUCUUCUGGUGUUGCUGGCCGGGCGGCUUUUUUGUCCGCUGCGCCUUCGCGAUGCGGCCCGCCGUUUUGGACGGCAUGGUGGGCGAUGUGGUCGGUGA